AUGGCAACAAGAACCGGAGCUCUGGAUCGGAAAAACUCGAGCUUGAUGUUUAGACAGAUUACGCCGCCUCACGGAUGGAAGGAGGAUUCGGCUUUUUAUCACCUGCGUUUAACUCUUCCGGGAUUCGAGACGAAGGAUAUCAAGAUACACGUAGACAAAUACGACCAUUUGGUCGUACGCGGAGACAAACAAGUGAGCGAACACAAGUACAUAAGUUUCGAGGAGACAUUUGAGGUACCAAACAACGGGGACCUUGACGAGGCAAGUGGAUCGUUCGAAGACAAUCAAAUAUAUUGCAUCACUAUCCCUAAGAAACAAGGAGGGCGAGUAACCGGACACGCUAUCACGAUUCCCAAACAGGAUAAUGGCCCCAAGGGACAGGAUAACAGGAUUGGCUCAUCCCAUAAGUAUGAUCAUAGCCCCAAACAAGAAGAGUUGACACCAAUGAAUGGGAUUACAAGACAUAAUAUUGAUAAUCCUUUGGCUGUGGUCACAGGACAUAAGUAUAAGAGGAAAAUUGCAUUGCUUGGGGUUGUAAUUGUUGCUUUGGUUAUUAGUGGUGUGGUUAUAUAUUUAGUCAAAUUUCAUCAUUCUUAA